GCUGCAGCGAACAUGGCGGCUUGCAUCUGAUGAGAAAGUGAGGAAUCUCCCAUCAAAAUACCCUGUUCAAACGUGUUUGUGUAGGUAACAGUCUGUCUGACGUCACCUUCUCUGCAGCAGCACGUUUAACUUUGAUCAUCAUGGGCCGAACACCACACAGAGAUCAAAAAGAGGAGAAGAAGGAGAGACGAAGCAGCAUCACAGCAGGCUCUGCCCUCGACAAAUCUAAUGAACCAUUCAGUUGGGAAGAUUAUCUGAGAGAAACAUCCUCCAUUGCAGCAUCGCCUUCUUGCUUCAAACAGUCCAGAGUCCCCCCCUCCAACGACUUCAAAGCAGGUAUGAAACUUGAGGCACGGGACCCUCGCAACUCUAACUCAGUGUGCAUUGCAACGGUGAUGGGCAUGAUGGGUACUCGGCUACGCCUGCGUCUGGAUGGUAGCGACAACACCAACGACUUCUGGCGGCUGGUUGACUCGUUAGACAUCCAGCCAAUAGGAACCUGCGAGAGGAACGGAGACAUGCUUCAGCCACCGCUGGGUUUCAGGAUGAACGCCUCCUCAUGGCCCAUGUUCCUCCUGCGGACGCUGAGUGGAGCAGAAAUGGCCCCUGCCUCUGCUUUUAAGAAGGAACCAGCCAGCCCUGCUAAAAACUACUUCCAGCCUGGUAUGAAGCUGGAGGCGGUGGACAGGAAGAACCCCUACCUGAUUUGCCCUGCCACAGUGGGAGAGGUCAGAGGUCAGGAGAUUUUCGUCAUGUUUGAUGGUUGGCGAGGCGCCUUUGACUACUGGUGUCCCUUUGACUCGAGAGACAUCUUCCCGGUCGGCUGGUGUACCCUGACGAAGCACAGCUUACAGCCACCAGGAAACUUCUUUACCCUCCCUGGCGCACUCCUCGCCCCUGUUUCUUCCACCUCAGCCUCCCUCACUACACGUCGCUCUUCUUCCAACUCAUCCUCCUCCAUGCAGACUUCGUAUCGACUGCCCAACCCCUUGCCGCCUCUCCCCGUUCGCAAGGGUGUCCGAGGUCGCCGUCCCAAAUCCCAGACUAUUGCUUUGUUGAAGGCAGCUGCCGAGGCCGCGGCGGCAGCAGCAGUUAAUGGAGCAUCACAGAGCCCUGCCAGAAUCAGCUCUGAGGCUCAAGUGGCUCCCAGACCACACAAGAAGAGAGGGCCCAAACCAAGGAACAAGAAGAAGCCUCGGGUGGUACAAUCCCUGGGGUCAUCAUCAGUUACAGCUCCGCCUCCAGAGACCAGACUGAGCUCCGGUCAUGUCUCAGUGGAUAACAACCACAGUAACAGCUCAAAUGUAGUUUGCACAGUUUGUGUCUAUGUGAACAAGCACGGGGACUAUGGCCCGCAUCUUGAUCGAAAACUAGUGCAGCAACUCCCGGAUCACUUUGGUCCAGCUCCAGUCAAUGCUGUUCUUCAGCAAGCUGUACAGGCCUGCGUGGACUGUACGUACCAGCCGUCUGUGCUGCUGCCCUUCCUACAGAGCCAGUCCCACACAGGAGGAGAGGUCAUCCGAGUGAGGUCAGAACAUGGUAUCCGCUAUGUGAAGCUGCCCUCCGCCUCCAGUGCAUCCUCUGUGCUGCGAUUCCUGGAGAACAUGUGCCAACAUCUGGAGAGUGACAGUCUUUUCAGCUCACAGCCAUUCAGCCCCUACAACAACAACACACGCUUCUACAACAAGACCAAGUCAGAACCACCGUCACACACUGAGAACGGCCUCCCCAAUGACGAUUCCACAAAGGAUCCUGCUCCCAGCACCCGCUCCAUUCACACUGCAUCAGACUACAGAGCAACAAAGAAGGAGCGGCCAUAUUACCCUGGACACACACAGACACCGCCACCACUACGACGUGUCAGCUCUAACCCGGCUGAACUUGGCCCAAUGUGUACACACAGACGAGUGGAGGCAGCUAGCUCAACAACAGGUCCAGACUAUGUGAAACAGGACAAGGAAGGUUCAGGGAACGAUGCCUCCUCCUGGUCAGUCGACGAUGUCAUACGGUUUGUCCAAGAGGCUGAUCCCCAAACUCUGGGCCCACACAUCGAACUGUUCAGGAAACAUGAGAUUGAUGGCAAGGCUCUGAUGCUGCUGCGCAGUGAUGUCAUUAUGAAGUACAUGGGACUGAAGCUGGGACCAGCGCUCAAACUCUGUCAUCACAUCGAGAAGCUGAAACAGACCAAACAAUAGAGGAUAAAGACACUCUUUUCUCACUGGCAACCAAACACACACAAUACUACAGGGAUGUAGUGCAGUGUAAAUCGACCUUAACCAGGGUCGUAGCCACAACUGAGGACACUGAGCUCAUGUCCUCUGUUCUUUUUGUGAAUUUGGGGAUUUUAGCGACCUGCAGGGAGUUAAAAACGUACACAUGGUGGGUAUUUUAGGAGCUGCUUUGACUGCUUAGAGGUCAACAAAUAAAUAAAUAAAGAUCCGGGGAAAUAAAACGUACAGAAAGUACGGAAAGAAACAGUGAAAUUAAAAAAUUGAAAUGGGAAAACUCCAAGUGAUUACUAUAGCCCUGAGCUGAACAUUUUUUAGUUAUCAGAGCACAGUUUGCUUUCACAGUUAAACAGAUACACAUAACAUUAAUUCAUAAUUUCCAUACUUGUAACUAGUAUCAGAUAUCUGAGUAUAAUCAUGAGAUUUUUCCAUAUUAGUGUUUUUUUGCCUUAUUAUGAACUGGAGGCCAUAAUUUAUCUAUUAAAUUACCUCUACAUUGUCACUUUCACAUACAGACACAUGCACAGAUAUGUUGUAGGUUUUGCAGCUAUGUCUCCUCAGAUGUCUGGCUGUAGAAGUAUUAUUUUCCCUGGUCAGAAUUUCAGGAUGGAUGCUCUGCACUCAAGAUUGGGAAAGUUAGUUCAGGUACUGGCAGUGACCAUCUCACUGCAUCAUUUCCAACAAUCCUAUGAAAGUUUCUGAAUGAUUGUGUCUGUUGCAGGCCGUCACAUUUAGUUUAUGCAAGCCAGUGAUUGUAUGCAGUCAUUAUUACUAACAGGUACUGAGCAGCAGAAAUGCUCUGUGAUGUGAAUAAGGAGUGUGGAAGGGUUUCAUUUCAAAAUGUUGGAGAAGACGUCUUGUUCCCUGAAGUCACUCAAUGCACAAAUGGUUUCUGUCCUUAAACAAUUCAGCUGUUACUGACAAAGAUCAUGAAUUAACUUUGGCAGAGUGGGCACCACGUUUAUUUAAAUAGUGGAUAGCCUGUUUUACUUUAGAGGAAAACCUUUGUGUGUCUGAAGCGCAGGCCGUAGAUGUAGAAAAUCAGUUACUGAUUUUUUUUUCUCUUUUAUUUGUGUCGGGUUCAUGUGCUGGAAGACAUUCAAGCUGGACGGUUUCAGCUUGAGCACUGACGUGGCUACAUGAUUGUAUUAUGCUUUGACAGUCUCACACACAAACACACACACACAAGACAUACACAUACAAUGACUGGAAUACUGUAAGUGUUUUGAUAUUAGAGUAAAGGCAAGGUCAUUAACUGUUAAGUUUGAGUGCUGUACAGAGAGUUAAAGUGCUCCUGAAAGAGUAAAUGAUGGAGAAACUGUUUUGUAUAAAGUCAAGCCAAAAGGUUGUUUUUUGAUAUCAUUUUGUACUGUAACAAAGUGUAUCAACCUGUAUCAAGCGUAAAAUGUAAUCAAAUUUUUUUCUGCCUGAAAUAGUUUCUGUGUGCACCAUCAAAUAACUACUUACAGGACGAUGUUGUGUCUGAGUAAUUAUUCACGUCUCAAAGUAUUUAUCUGUUUUUGAUGGCAGAAAUACUAAUUUUCUGAACAUUUCAGAACCAUUUUCAAACCAAAUCAUGUCUGUUGUAGCUGCAUUUCACACUGUUGCUCUCCUGUAGUGGUAACAAGUUAAUACUUGAAACCAUCUUGCUUUAAUGUGAAACUCAGGUUUUAGUAGGGGUUGUUUCUUAGAAUAUGUUUUACAUCAUUAGCAUUUUGUGUUCAUUACUACAACAUAGAGGGAAUGCACAAUAAUCGAUUAUGUAUAUUUUUAUGCCUUGUCAUCUAUCGAUCCGCAGCAUUUCAUGUGUGUAUAUAUAUAUAUAUAUCCAACUUUUUACUGUAAGUUCAACAAAAAAUGUUUGUUAAAUAUGUUUGAUAUGCAUUCACACAAUUAAACAUUU